UCUGUCAUUUUUAUUUUAUAUUGACUAUUCCGAUUAUCGCUAACCGUACCGAGUGCCACUUGAGUGCAUUUUCGUAUAAAUUGACUAAGUUGAUAAAUUUUACCACAUUAAUUCCGCGAACUCGGAGUGCCGGUUUUAAUAGUUGCCGCGUUAUACAAACAUCGAAGCUAGUUUUAUUUGUGCUAUCACUGAUAACGGAUAGUGUUUUUAAAUACGAGCUUGUUGUUUUAGCGUAUAUUAUUUGCGUAUUAGUAAACAUUGUUUUCUAACCUUAAACAAUGUCUUAUCUAACGAGGCGUAAAUCUAAAUCCAAUGUAGGUAAAAAAUGUACCGAUACAACUUAUACUGUCAACAACCUACCGAGUUUACGACGUAAACGAACUAUAGCGUAUAACCGUAUAGCGAAGGCUUUGGAAAUAGGGACCUUAGCCAAUACCGAUGAGUCACAAGUCGAGUUAUUUCUUUCAUAUUGUCAGGAGAUAAAAAAUAUCGCUGAUAGUUUUCAAGAGUCUCAUCUUAUCAUUUCGGAUCUAUUAGGGGAUGGUGUCGACGACACUGAGAACGAAAUUGAGGAACGAUUCGACGAAGCGUAUUUUAACGUAGUUGCCAUACAGCGUAAAUUUUUACCGUGUUCGUCUCAACCACCGGAUAUUUCGAGACAGGACAUUACAACCGGGUCGCAUAGUAGUAAUAUGCGACUUCCAAAAAUUUCGCUACCGACCUUUUCGGGUACCAUUAAGGAGUGGCCCGAGUUCAUCGCGACUUACAAUGCGCUUAUUCACGAAUCGACCCUUUUGAGUGAGAUUGAGAAGUUUCAUUAUUUAGUGUCCGUUUUACGCAGUGACGCGUUAUCGUUAAUUAGAACGUUUCCUGUUGCAAGUGAACAUUAUUUAAGUGCAUACAAUGCUCUUAAGUCCCGGUACGAGGACAAACGCGACUUAGCUUUUACGUGUUGGCGUGACAUUUUGGAUGUCAGUUUUAAAACGGCUAGCGCUCAAGAUUUCCGACACGCGCUCGAUACAAUCGAUGAAAAUCUAACUAUUUUAAAACAGUUGAAGUUACCGACCGAACAUUGGGACUUUGUCCUUUGUUAUAAUAUUCUGGCCAAGUUAGAUACAAAGCUACGACGCGAGUUUGAGGAAAAACACGCCAACGUGGAGAUGCCUCAGUACAAGCAAAUAAGGGCAUUUUUACACGCGAAAGGCGAAGCUUUGUUGCGCGAUACGCACUUUACCGCCGUUACUUCUAAAAACACGAAUACUUCUAAAGAGGCAACGGGCACCAUACAGAAACCGAAGCGACAUAACGUCACACUUCUCUCUUCUACCGUGGACCCCCUUCCAAAGGGUGGUGACAAACAAGAGGUGAAACCGAAAGUUUCGGGAACUCCGAAGGUUGUCAGAAAAUGUUCCUUCUGUGGUGAAGAGCACCACAUCUCAGCCUGUAAGGCCUUUCUAGCUAAAUCGGUGGAUGAACGAAUGGCUGUUACCACAGAGAAGAAAUGGUGCUACAACUGUCUUAACGCGUCUCAUUCAGUGCGACAAUGCACAUCGAUAUUCUCUUGUCAGAAAUGUCACCGGAAGCACCACACUCUGUUACACCGAGAGCAAGCUGCCAGCAGUCCCGAACCUUCUGGUGAAAAAUCAAGCUCGGUCGUCUUACUCGCUAAAGAACCGUUGACUCCGUCCGAUUCGCCUUCGAAUACGACCGUACUACUGGCAACCGCGCUUGUUCAACUUCGUGAUGCUUCAGGCGAGUUUCAGACAUUCCGGGCGUUAUUCGACACCGGAAGUCAAAAUAACCUUCUCACGACACACGCGGCACAACGGCUAAAGUUGAAGCCUACACCGACUAGUGAGGGGCCAUGCGGGCUAGGGGGUGCACCCGCAACAGUGACUGGCAAGGUCACAUGUGAUGUAGGUGCCGAGGACACCGUACAUUUUCGUCUGAAAAUGUUCGUUUCACCGCACAUUUGUGACGAACAGCCAAUAGGAAGACUCAAUACGAAUGGAUGGGAUGAACUCAAAACAUUACCGUUAGCUGAUCCUGGUUUUGAUAUUCCUGGUCCAAUUGAUGUCUUGUUCGCUGCCGAUGUCUUUUCUGAGUCACUUCUCGACCAACGUUUGAAACGCUGCGUCAAUAAACCGCGUGCUCUCAAUUCUGUCUUCGGAUGGCUGAUUGUCGGAAGGAUCCGACUUGCAUCGUCGUCUUUAUUAAGUGUACCGUCACCUAGUAAGGAUGAGAGCUUAAACAAUAUCGUUCAACGCUUCUGGGAAAUCGAUACCGUUCCACAGUCUUCCCGAUUAACCCCAGAUGAACAACUCUGUGAAAAUAGUUUCACCAACGAGCAUUACCGUGACGAGACUGGUAGGUACGUAGUCUGUCUUCCCUUCAAAAAUAACGCUGAGCCGGUGUUUGAAGGCUCUCGGGAGAUAGCAUUACGACGCUUCCAUGCUAUCGAAAAGCGCCUUUCUCGUGACCCAGACUUGAAACAACAAUAUGUUGAGUUCAUGACCGACUACAUCGAAAGGGGUCACAUGUCAUUGGUGCCUGCUAAGCACAUGGGUCAAGGCAGGUAUUAUGUGCCGCAUCAUUGCAUUUUGCGCCCUGAGAGCGCCACAACGAAGCUUCGCGUUGUUUUCGACGCGUCAGCUAGAGAUGCGCAGUCCAAAUCGCUUAACGACUCGCUAUUGACAGGCCCAAAGUUACAAUCCAACAUUGCGGAGAUUCUUCUUCACUAUCGGGAGCACGAAGUGGUCUUUAUGGCCGACGUGCGCCAAAUGUACCGUCAAAUUAACGUUGCUCCGCAUCACCGGGAUUACCAGCGUAUUCUCUGGCGAGCUCACCCAGAUGAGCCUCUUCAGGAAUACGUAUUGAACACCGUAACGUACGGGGUCUCCUCGGCUCCGUUUCUUGCUUGCCGAACGAUCCAGCAAUUGGCCAACGAUGAAGGUCAUAAGUACCCGAAGGCCAAAACCGUUCUAACUUCCGAUAUUUACGUCGAUGACGUCGUUACCGGAAGUUCUUCGCUGGAUGACGCUUGUGACAUCAAGUCACAAAUUAUCGCACUUUUCAAGCUCGGCGCUUUUGAGCUACGAAAAUGGGUAAGCAAUCGACUCGAACUUCUAAGGGAUUUGCCCUCAGAAAUGUGUCUUUCGGACGCCAUCGCAUUUACCGAGGCCGAAGACACCACCGUUAAGGUCCUUGGCCUUAAAUGGGAACCCGCUUCAGACUCGUUCGUUUUUAACGUCCAACCGUCUAAUCAACCGUGUACCAAACGAACGAUUCUAAGUGAGGUCGCCAGAAUCUUCGACCCUUUGGGUUUCUUGUCUCCUUUAACAAUCCAAGCCAAAGCCCUGAUCCAAAAACUUUGGAUUCUCGGCUCUUCAUGGGAUGAAACUCCUCCUCCGGAAAUCGUUUCCCAAUGGAGCAACUUCUCUCAGCAACUUCCUCAGAUUAGGAAGCUGAAAAUUCCUCGUAAAUUCACCAUCGAAGGUGCUCAAUCGUAUCAGUUGCACGGGUUUUGUGACAGUUCUGAGGUAGCGUAUGGCGCCGUCGUAUAUCUACGUGUCACCGAGUCUGAUGGCUCCGUUCGCAUCCACCUUGUUUGCGCCAAGGCGCGAGUUUGUCCCCUCCGGAAACAAUCUUUGCCGAGAUUGGAACUGUGUGCAGCAGUGCUGCUUGCUGACCUCAUCAAGUUCGUCAAGGACACGCUACGGCUGCCUGUCCACGAAACCUACCUUUGGUGCGACUCAACCGUUACAUUGGCUUGGUUGCGCGCUCCGUCCUCUCGUUGGGUAACAUUCGUCGCCAAUCGUGUUAGUCACGUGCAGGACAUUGUGCCUACCGCUUGCUGGAGACACGUUCCCUCUGGAACGAAUCCCGCAGAUAUCUGUUCACGAGGCCAGUUGCCUCGGGAACUCUUAACCAAUACGCUAUGGUGGGCGGGCCCAGAGUGGCUCUCUCAAUCGCCGUCCGAAUGGCCAACAGAUAUAUCGAAGGAUCGCAACAACAAUAACGUUGUACUUUCCGAACAGCGCCGUGUAACUCUCGUAACAAGCCAAACCGAACCUAUCAAGCAAACCUCAAUAAUCGAUCAGCUGUUAGAGAGAUAUUCGUCGUUGGACACAGUCUGUCGCAUUCUAGCGUAUGUUCGUAGGUUUUGUGCCAACGCGCGUGGCACUGCUUCACGAUCUGAAAGCCUGUUCAUAACGGACAUCGAACGCCAUCGCGCGCUACUAGAAAUCGUCAAGCAUUUCCAACAUCGACAUUUUUCCGAUGUCAUAUCGAAACUUAAGUUGCGACAACAGCUACCUCGUAGUCUUCGCAAACUAAAUCCGUUCCUAGACGAUCAAGGUAUUCUCAGGGUGGGCGGACGACUCGCGCGCUCCGGCUUAGAAUUCGAACAUAAGCAUCCUGCCCUGUUGUCUAGAAAGUGUGUACUUACGACACGCGUAAUCGAAUCCGUUCAUCGGAAAAACCUUCAUCCUGGUCUAAAUACGACUCACUAUUUAGUCCUGCAACAAUUCUGGAUACUCGCGGCUAAGCGAGCGAUACGACACCAGCUUUCGAAAUGCAUCCGUUGCUAUCGUCUUCAUCCGCAGCCUCUGCAACCGUUCAUGAGCGACCUUCCUGCCUUUCGAGUCAAUCAGGCUAAACCGUUUUCUGAAGUCGGCGUUGAUUUCGGUGGUCCAUUUCGCAUCAAACUCGGGUCCCAUCGCGGCGCGAAAAUCGAUAAGGCUUACUUAUGCCUAUUUGUAUGCCUAAGCACAAAAGCUGUGCAUUUGGAGGUAGUGUCAACGCUAUCAACCGACGGCUUCAUCGCAGCUCUACGUCGUUUCGUCUCCCGUCGUGGACGGUGUAACAUCAUACAUUCGGACUGUGGUACGAACUUUGUCGGCGCGAGCUCACAACUAGCGUCAUGUAUCGAGCGAGCCUCGCACGCAGAACGUAUCGCGUUCAAACGCAACCCCCCAUCCGCUCCACACUUUGGAGGGAUAUGGGAGAUCCAGAUUAAGGCCGCCAAGACACAUUUAUAUCGCAUCGUUGGCGACCAGGUCUUAACAUUUGAACAAUUAUCGACAUGUUUCACCCAAAUUGAAUCGAUUUUGAACUCAAGGCCUUUGUGUCCAUUAAGUUCCGACCCUAACGAUCUGAACGUCCUCACCCCCGGUCACUUCCUGACCCUAGAACCCCUAACAGCAGUCCCAGACUCUGACUACACGGACGUUAAACUUAAUCGACUAGACCGGUGGCAACUUAUCCAAGCGUUCCAACAGCAGUUCUGGAAACGCUGGCAAAAUGAGUACCUACACGCCUUAACUCAGCGGGCAAAAUGGACCAAAGACUCAACACCGUUAACCGUAAAUUCACUCGUACUUAUUAAGGACGAGAACCGACCUCCUCUUCAUUGGCCGUUGGGACGAGUUGUUUCUCUCCAUAACGGACCUGACGGAGUAGUUCGGGUGGCUACCGUGCGAACCGCAAAGGAUAACUUAGUUAAAAGGCCCCUGGUCAAACUAUGUCCUCUUCCAUCCAAAUAA